AUUAUCUCUCUCUCACACACAAAAAAGCCCCCUCUCUCAUAAAACUACUUUCUGUUCCUUCACUUUCAUUUUCUUCACUGACAAGAGGAAUACCUGCACACUUUCUCACGCACGCACGCAUACUGAAAACAGAACCCGAGCAGAGCCCACUCCUUCAGAAACAUACAUCACACACUCUCUCUCUCUCUCUCUAGCUAUGUGGAUAUGAUAAGAGCCUCUUGGCAGAGCUGCAGAGAGAGAGAGAGAGAGAGAGUGGUCAGGGAGAACCAGAAGCGGACAGAGCAGAGAAAACACAGAUUUUUCCAGCCAUAUCAUACCUUAUUAUUUCGCCUUUCCUUCUCUGCCACUCGAUUCAUCAAAUCCUUAAGAAACCCAUAUAACUCUCACUUUCUCAACCAAACCUCCACACCUAACCCACCAACUAGCACACCCCAUAAACCUCUUCUUCUCUCCCUUCAUAUAAUAGGAGUUAUGUUUUUGAGAGUUCACUAACUUUGGAGGCUUUAAUUUCUUGAGAAGUCUCACAGAAUUCAUCAAACACUUUUUCUUGAACUUGUUUCUUUCAACUGUGUUUGUUUUCCAUGGAGUCCUACAACUAUUUUGAUAACAAUGAUGCCCAUUUGCCUCCUGGCUUUCGCUUCCACCCUACUGAUGAAGAACUUAUCACCUACUACCUCUUGAAGAAGGUCUUGGACAGUAACUUCACAGGUAGAGCCAUUGCUGAAGUUGACCUCAACAAGUGUGAACCUUGGGAGCUACCUGAUAAAGCGAAGAUGGGAGAGAAAGAGUGGUACUUCUUCAGCUUGCGUGACCGCAAGUACCCAACUGGGCUUAGAACUAACAGGGCUACUGAGGCUGGGUACUGGAAAGCCACUGGGAAAGAUAGGGAGAUCUAUAGCUCAAAGACUUGUUCUCUGGUUGGGAUGAAGAAGACGUUGGUGUUCUACAGAGGGAGAGCCCCUAAGGGAGAGAAGAGCAACUGGGUCAUGCAUGAGUAUCGCCUUGAAGGCAAAUUUGCUUACCAUUACCUCUCUAGGAGCUCCAAGGAUGAAUGGGUCAUAUCGAGAGUCUUCCAGAAGAGCGGCUCCGGUACUGGCGGCACCGCCACUAGUGGAGGAGGUGGAGGAAGUGGCUCAAAGAAAACAAGGCUCAGCUCUGGUAUUAGCCUUUACCAAGAACCAAGCUCACCCUCCUCAGUCUCAAUCUCACUCCCACCGCUCCUUGACUCUUCGCCCUAUCCCAGCGCCACUGCCACCGCUCGUGACGGUUGCUCGUACGACAGCCCAAUUGCCAAGGAGCACGUGUCCUGUUUCUCCACCAUUGCAGCCACAACCACCGCUGCCACAAGCAACAACAACUUCAACCCCAGCUUCGAAAACCUCGUCGCUCCUCAGAUUUCAAACGUGGACCCAUUUGCACGCUUUCCAAGAAGCCUCGGAGUUUCAGCUUUUCCAAGCCUCAGAUCAUUGCAAGAGAAUCUUCAGCUGCCUUUCUUUUUCACUCAGCAGACUAUGGCUCCGCCGCCGCCGCCGCAGCCACCUCAGCUUCAUGGUGGCUCAGCCGCCGAGCUGGGUCUGGCUGGUGGGACAUGGCCUAUGCAGGAGGAUAACUCAAAGGUUGAGAAUGGUAGUGGUGGUUGUGUUAGGAUGGGCAUGGGUCCCACUGAGCUUGACUGCAUGUGGACCUACUGAGACUUUAGUAUUUCAGUUUUAUGAUAAUGACUGUUAUGUACUAAGCGUUAUUAUUAGGGUAGGUUUGGAAUUAUCUUUGUUUUUCGCUAUCAGAGUCAGAACUAAGAUCAGAGGGUUCAAGCUUCAGCUAAUAUUUGACCUUUGUUGCUAAGAAAGUGACUCAUUUGUUGUAUGUAUGAAGUAUUAACCAGCUCUUAUUAUGUAAUUUGGUUAUGUUUCUAUGA